GUCAUUAUUUUUCCCCAAACAGUGAGUCGGCCUCUCAGUCUUCCCCCACAAGUUUUAGGCAUUCAGCAACCGGAUGAGAUGAGAUUGCAGAAGCCGCGGAGGCGGAGCACUAUCUGUUAGUUUUACACCCUCACCUCUUGAAUCGCACCUUCUUCCUUUUUCUCUUUAGCUUUUAUUUCUGGAGAAUCUUGGGUUGGGUUUAGGUAUUUAACUGCUGAGAGAGGCCCAGAGAGAGCGAGAGAGUUGGAAGGAUUCAAAUUUCAAUGGCGGAGGGAAGUUCACCGGCCAAGACGUUUGUAGGCGUCCGUUUCCUUCUUUUGGGAUUCGACCCCCUUGACGAGCACCAGGUUCGAUCUAAGCUUGUAGAUUGCGGCGGAGAGGAUGCUGCCCACUAUUCCCCCAAUUGCACCCACGUCAUUGUGGAUAAAAUUGUGUAUGAUGAUCCCGUAUGUGUUGCUGCUCGAAAUGACGCCAAGACUCUUGUCACCGCUUUAUGGGUUCAUCAUAGUUUUGAUGUCGGACUCCCCAUUGAUCCCACUUCGAUUAUAUACAGACCUCUUAGAGAUUUGAAUGGUAUUCCGGAUGCCAAGAGACUAAUUGUAUGCUUGACUGGAUAUCAACGACAAGAUAGAGAUGACAUUAUGACAAUGGUUGGGUUAAUGGGUGCUCAGUUUUCUAAGCCCUUGGUGGCAAACAAAGUCACUCAUCUCGUAUGCUACAAAUUUGAGGGGGAGAAGUACGAACUUGCCAAGAAAAUCCCAAAGAUGAAGCUUGUCAACCAUCGUUGGUUGGAAGAUUGCUUAAGGGAUUGGCAACUUCUUCCAGAAGAUAAUUACAACAUUAGUGGCUAUGAACUGGAGAUGAUGGAGGCUGAGGCUAGAGAUUCAGAAGAUGAGGCUGAAAACACAUUUGGGAAGCAAUCUGGGGUGAGAAGCAUGUAUAAGAGUCCUCACAAUAUAAAAGCUGGCUCACCAGCAACGUCUAGAUUGCCUAAAUCAGAAGGAGAGGUGCGAAAGGUUCCCUUGAUUUUUGAUAAUGCCAUUGGCAACUUAUCAAUUCCUCGGAAUGAGAAUAAAUUGGAUCAAACCUCAAGCUUUUCUAAUUCUUAUGUUUCCAAGGGAUUAGGCUGUCAGGAUGCACGUGAGUUGAGGGAUUCUAGUGGCUGUGACCUAAAUGAUCAACAUCACCGAACCCCUGACCCUAAGGUGAGAGAUGAUUUCAUCUCUAAUUGUGGUUCUGCUGGAAGAGCUUCGCACUCUGCUGGGAAAUUAAGCUACUCAAGGCAAACCUUAUGGAUGCCAACAGUUCCAACAUACACGGGCGAUAAAUCAAGCGGUUGUAGUGUGUCUUCUAAAGUACCUAUUUGCAAAUCAAGUGCCACUUUGAAAGAUCAAGCAAAUGACAAAUUUGACCCCAAUUGUGUUGAAGUCCCUUUAAAAGGAAUUCAUUUACAGAAUGGAGAAGAGUCAAGUGGUAUAUUGCCUCGGAAAAGGGUGAUGGAUCUCUCUUAUGCUAGCUCCAAAUCACAGAAGAUGAGUCCAGGUGCAAAAUCAGGCAGUAUGCAUAGUCCUUCACCAAGUAAUAAAUCUCCGAAAGGAAAGCCUACAUCUUUGAUUGAUGGUUCAUGCAGGACUACUAGCCAUUAUAUUGUCACAAAUGAUGACCACUCUCCGGAUAAGACUAGCAAUUUGAAUGCUGCAGGAAACUCAAUGGCUGGUGUUUCACCAGCCAAAUUAUCUAAUUUAAUUCAGAAGCCAUUGGCAUGUGAUCUCCCUUUCUCUGCCACUGUGAUCUCAAACAUGGGGAAAGAUGAAAAUGCAAACAUGAAAUCACCUCUAACCACUAUUCGAAGAUUAAGAAAGCCUAGCUUAUCCAACAAGCCUGGUAUUGUAGAUUGUGCUGAGGAAAAGUCUACAGCUGCAGUCAGCAAAGCAGUGGAACUGCAAAAUCAGCCACAAGAUGUUGAGGGUUCAUCUGCAAGUAACAAAAAGUCAGUGAAUAACAGUUCCAACGACCCUGCUGAUCUGAACAUGCUUAAAGAGGGAAAUAAUGACUUAGUAACAAAACAUCUUGAGCAGAAGGUGAAGUCCAAGAAGACUCUGGGUUCUAGGCCUAGGUUAGUUUCUGCUAACCAAAAGGGGUCUGUGCACUUAUAUAAAGAUGCCUCCUUAAAUGAUACGGCAGUUCUUUAUAAUGCAGGGGAUUCUCAGAAAUCUCCUGAUCCCACAAAGCUUGAUGUGCUUUGUCCAGAUGUUAAUGUUGAGGCCCCAAACGAGCUGGAGGGAAAAGAUGUUGACAUGUCUGCAGAUGUUGAUGAGAAAAACAUUGAAUCUAUGGAUGAUGAAACUGAAGCUCCAGAGGAAGAAAGUGAACAUAAAUUAGAGAAUGUAGUUCACGAAGCCAAGGAUAUAGUGGUCCAAGCAACAAGUAAAUGUGAUAAGAAGUCAGAACAGGAGCAGCACCUACAGGAUCAUUCUGAUGCCUGUACUCCCCGUGAUGCAAUGGCCUCAUUGGGUAUAGAAGGAAACGAACGAGAAAAGUCAGUUUCUGACAACAUUUCUCUGCUGGUUGAGCCUGCCGCAGACGGAGACGCUGUCAAGGGAAAGAAGAACCAAGGGAAAAAGCAUGCUUUGGGUAAAACCAAGCUGAAAACUGUUCACCCUGUCGCGGAUGUUAUGAAACCUAAAAAAGUAGUAUCUGAGGAAAAUACUCGGAAUGAUAGCACUAGGGUGACAGAGAAGAAAAAAGAAAAAAGACUUGCAGGUCUAGUGGGCAAAGCUAAGUGCCGCAGUGCGCCCCAAAAUAAGUUAGAGAACUCUGCCAAAAUGAAGGAGAACAAGCCAAUUGUUGGUGGAGAUCAAACUGUAAGCAAGGCCAAACAGCAGGCAGAAAAAUCAAUAGCUAAAUCUGGUAUAACUCCGUUGAAGAUAAUUCAAACAUCUGCGGAGAGAAGUGACAAUCCUUCAAUACCCGAAGGGAAGGCUACAAGCAAAGUUAAAAUUGAACCUGUUAGGUUUAUUCUGAGUGGGCACCGAUUUCAAAGAAAGGAGUUUCAAAAAGUUAUCAAGCGUUUGAAAGGAAGAUGUUGCCGGGAUUCUCAUCACUGGUCUUACCAGGCAACACACUUCAUCUCUCCAGAUCGAGUUGGCAGGACAGAGAAAUUUUUCGCAGCUGCAGCGUCUGGAAGGUGGAUUCUUAAGAGUGAUUAUCUGGAAGCUAGUGAUAAGGAAGGAAGGUUUUUGGAAGAAGAACCUUAUGAAUGGUACAAGAAUGGUCUUAGUGAAGAUGGUACAAUCAAUUUGGAGGCCCCAAGGAAGUGGCGGCUCUUGAGAAAGAGAACAGGCCAUGGUGCUUUCCAUGGAAUGCGCGUUAUCAUAUAUGGCGAAUGUAUUGCACCACCUUUGGAUACUCUGAAGCGUGUCGUGAAGGCUGGUGAUGGAACAAUAUUGGCGACUUCUCCUCCUUAUACCCGCUUCCUUAAGUCGGGGGUUGACUAUGCCAUUGUCAGCCCAGGCAUGCCGCGUGCCGAUAUGUGGGUACAAGAGUUGUUGAACCAUGAGAUACCCUGCGUAGUGGCCGAUUACUUGGUUGAGUACGUGUGCAAACCUGGGUACCCGCUCGACAGACACGUGCUAUACAACACCAAUGCGUGGGCGGAAAAGUCUUUUGAGAGAGUGCAGAGCAGAGCGGAAGAGGUGGUGGAGGAAGCGUUUACAGGUGAGGAUGGUGACGAUGCUAGUUGUGGUGGUGGUAGUGACAUACCUUGCGUGGUGUGUGGGUCUGGGGAGAGAGGGGAGGUGAUGCUGAUAUGCGGCAACGAAAGUGGGAGCGUUGGGUGUGGAAUUGGUACUCAUAUCGAGUGCUGCAAUCCACCACUUGAAAGUGUUCCGGAGGAUGACUGGUUUUGUCCAGACUGUAGCUGGAGCAAAAACAGCACCAAGUCGUCCAAGAAAAGGAAAAAGGGUAGGAGCAGCAAAUGAUUUAUUUUAUUUUUUUUCGCUCGUUUGUUUGUUUGACCAAUCUUGGAGGAACCAUUUUUAUUUUGACUUAUGUUUUAUUUUUUUUUGUAUUUGUAUAAUUGAUUUUUGUAGAUGAAAUUGUGGAGUUAGUAGUAGAAACUUAUUCUAAUGAAUGAUUCAUGAUUUCUUUUUUGGUCAAA